CUCGCUUUGCUCUGCGCCUCGCCGCCCGCUGAGGAAGUUGCCGCCGCUCCCUUGGCCGCCCUCCGCUUCUGGCCGAGGCGGCGACGAUGUCUCAAGAUGGCGGAGGCGGCCGAGCUGAAGGAUUCAGAGUGUAACCAUCAUUGUCCAACAUCAGACCCCGGAAUAUGCAUUUGUCCCUGCACAUGGUUAUGAGCUUUAGAGUGUCGGAGCUGCAGGUGCUUCUGGGUUUCGCGGGCAGGAACAAGAGCGGACGGAAGCAUGAGUUGCUCACCAAGGCCCUGCAGCUGCUGAAGUCCGGCUGCAGCCCGGCCGUUCAGAUGAAAAUCAAGGAGUUGUACCGGCGACGGUUCCCCCGGAAGAUCCUGACCCCCUCCGACUUAUCCAUGCUCCACCUCCAGGCUGGACAGCUGCCCUCGGCCACAGCGCUGACUCAGGGCACCAUGUGCCACUUGCCCUACAACAGCGGGUCGGUGACUUCCACCGUGCCGGCUGGCAUGUUGCCCCCGGUGCCUAUGUUGGGACCCAAACACGAGACGGACGUUCCGCACUUGUCACCCCCCAUCCAUCCGGUCCAUCCCGACGUCAAAAUGAGGCGGUUACCCUUCUAUGACGUCUAUGAUGAACUCAUCAAGCCUACCACGUUAGUUUCCAUGAACAGUCAGAGAUUUGAGGAGGGCCAGUACUCUUUUGUCCUGACGCCACAGCAGGUGCAGCAGAUACUCACCUCUCGAGAUAUCUUACCUGGUGCCAAAUGCGACUACACCGUACAGGUUCAGUUAAGGUUUUGUUUGUGUGAAACCAGCUGCCCGCAAGAGGACUACUUCCCUCCUAAUUUAUUUGUGAAGGUCAAUGGGAAACUUUGCCCCCUUCCAGGUUAUCUUCCUCCUACAAAAAACGGCGCAGAGCCCAAGCGACCGAGCCGACCUAUCAACAUCACCCCUCUGGUGCGGCUUUCUGCAACAGUCCCCAAUAGUAUUGUGGUGAACUGGUCCUCUGAGUUUGGCCGGAACUAUUCACUGUCUGUUUACUUGGUGAAACAAUUGACGUCUGUGACGUUGCUACAGAAGCUGAGGGCUAAGGGCAUCCGAAACCCGGACCACUCACGAGCCCUGAUCAAAGAAAAGUUGACGGCUGAUCCCGACAGUGAGAUUGCAACGACAAGUUUACGCGUUUCUCUCAUGUGCCCGCUGGGCAAGAUGAGGCUGGUUGUUCCUUGUCGAGCAUACACCUGCACUCACCUCCAGUGCUUUGACGCGGCCCUUUAUCUUCAGAUGAACGAGAAGAAGCCAACGUGGACCUGCCCCGUUUGUGACAAGAAGGCCCCCUACGAGGCCUUGAUCAUUGACGGUUUGUUCAUGGAAAUCCUCAACUCUGUCACAGACUGUGAUGAGAUCCAGUUCAUGGAAGAUGGCUCCUGGUGCCCUAUGAAGCCCAAGAAAGAAAACCAGGAGGUUUGCCAGCCGUCGGCUUACAACGGGGUGGAAGCAAAUUCCCUGUACCUGGUGGGCCCCGAUGGGAAGCAGCUCGCCGAAAGCAAGAAGAAAGUGGAGGUCAUUGACCUCACACUAGACAGUUCCUCCGACGAGGAGGAGCCCCCGGCGAAGAAGCAGUGCCCCGUCACCACGGCAGCCAUUCCGUCUGCAGCGGGACCCAAGGGGGUUUUAAGCGCUGACCACCAACCAUCCUCAGUCCUGCGGAGCCCCCCGAUGGCAGCCGUCGGCAGCGAUUACCUAUCCAGCCUUCCGAUCCCCGACUACCACCCUUCUUACCAGGUCCCUUCAGAUAUGCAAGGUCUGGAUUUGUUUUCCUUCCUUCAAAGUGAAAAUCAGCAUUACAGCCCUUCCGUGAUCACCUCCCUGGAUGAGCAGGACAGCCUGAGCCACUUCUUCCAGUACCGGGGCCCCUCUCCGCAUUUCAUGAACCCCCUCGCUCCUGUCGUGGUGGGAUCCCACGGCACAGUUGGGUCCCCCUCUGGAGGCCGCCUGAACAGCGUUGUGUCUUCUCCUUCUGCGGCUUUGCGGGAGAACCACGGGCACAACAGCACGGUGGGGGGCAGUCCUGUCUUGCCAAGUUGCCGGCCAGAUAUAAUCUCGCUAGACUAA